AUGGGAGGCAGAAAGAGGAAAGUGGCGGUGGACGAUGAGGACUGGCUGGAAAAUCUUGAAGCCGUUGACGAAGCUGCAGCAAGCCAGAGCAAGAAGAAGAGGGGGUCCAAGAAAGACAAGAAAGAGAGAUCCGGGCACCGCAUGUUCAUGCUGGAUCGGAAGACCAUUGCUCCUCUGGGCAGCGAGGGUGGCCCGAUAGAAGAAUUUGCCGUUCUGGGAGCGACCGCCAAUGUGUAUCAAGUGCGCGUGGGCCGGCACCCUCACUGCACCUGUCCAGACGCCGUCAAGGGCAACUUGUGCAAGCACUACUUGUACGUGAUGAUCCGAGUGCUGCGCCUGGACCAGAAUGACCCCCUUGUCUGGCAGCGCGCCCUGCUCACCUCGGAAGCCAAUGAGGUGCUGAGCGGGGCAAGGAGCACAAACAGGGUGGAUGGCGUGAUGGCAGCGGCGGCGGUGUGCACGGCGUACAAACGCGCCGCCGUUGGGAGCGCCGGCGAGGAGCCGGAGGCGGCAUCAGCGCCGCCCGCUGGUCGGCCCAUUGAGGGCGACUGCCCCAUCUGUUUCGACGAUUUGCAGCCUGGCGGCACUACCCCAGCGACGAGGGUGGUGACAUGCGACACAUGCGGCAACCACGCGCACGAGGAGUGCUUCCGGAAGUGGACAGCGCAGAAGAAGGCGGCCCACCAGAGCGUCACCUGCGUCUACUGCAGGGCGCCCUGGCCGGAGCCGCCCGCAGCUGCCGGCACUGACAGCGGCGCCUACAUCAACCUCAAGGCACUCUCUGCGGAGCACAGAGGCGUGGACACCUCCUUGGAGGGCCUGUAUGGAGAGACUGCCCGAUGGAUCCGAUACAGAUCUUCCUGA